AAUGCAGCCAGAGAAGCAGCAUGUCCCCUCUCAGACACCGUAGGUACUUGAAGCUUGUCACCGCAAAAAGGAUCAUGUACAAGGUGAGAAUAUCAACUUUAUAUACUACGUAACAACUAAAUCACUUGCAUUCACGUAUGUCGUCUUCAGUCCACAUAGAUUUAUUGUCGUGUUUUUUCAUUUUAUUCUUUGAAUUGAAUAGCGAUCUGUUUAAUUAAAAUAAUUUAGGGGACUCGAACUCCCGGUGACGCACCAGAGUGCUUUUAAGGACAGCGAGCCAUACACCAGACUAUCAAGGGCAUUGCAUUGCAAGAAAUGCAUAACAGUAUAAAACCUAUAAUACAAAAUGUAAUUUUAAAAAUGCAGUAUGUCGGACACAUUAAUAACCUACUGUAAGGUAGCUAGUUAAAUGUCACCAGUCAUGCAUAGCCAGCUAAAGUCAAAAGUGAGUAAACUCUCUUAGCUAGUUUUUCACACGUGUUAUUUAACUAGUGAGUUUACCAUGUUGUCAUCUUGUUGCUACAGUGGGGAAAUGCUUUAGGCUACGAUGCGAAUGCUAGAAGUUCAUGAACUGGACGGACACUCGAUAAACCGGUAAAUGUGUGUAACUAUCACGUCCCCACUUAAUGGGAUCAACAAUACACUUAUUUGACACUAGAUGGCAACAUUUUUUUGUAAUACUUGAGGGCCUCAAUUCUGAAUUUCAUUACAACUUCUAGCUUCUACUCCUAGGGUGUUUGAAGGUGAAUGGACUGCUGGACCGUUGAAACGUUCAACAGUGUAAUGGCUCCAUUGUGCCCUCCAAUAGUAGAAUAGGUUGACUGUUUCAGCUGAGCUUCUGCCAUAUACAGUAGUUUUCAUCUACCUACCCAGUCCCAGUCUAUUCAAAGCUGUGCAUUUAAAAGGGUAGGGGCUAGGAAAGGCCUGGGAUCUAAAUGGAACGAGUGUAGCACAGCAGCCAUAUAACGUGGAACACAGCACCCAGAAUCUGUGCAGAUCAUCAGAUCUUUAAUACAGCAACAGUCUUUAGUCUCAGUUGCUAAAUGUAAUUUUUUAGUCAAAUAUUUGGAAUGUAUUUAUUCAGUAUGCAAUUUGGAAUUGUUUUUUUCCCUUUUAAUUUUCAUACUUAUUAUUAAUGAAAGCAAUAUUCACGUUAUCUAAAAUGUGUGUGUAUGUUCAUGUGUCUGACCUUUGUACAGAAACAGGAGCCAAGUCUAUAAUCCAUGGAACAGUGUCAAACUAAAUUCAUGUUAAUUAUUGACUGUCAUUUAAAAAAAUAACAGGAAAGCUCACAAGGGGAUCAAAAUUAAUGAAGUGCUUCCAAUACAAAUUCUUGUUAUUAUGCGUUUCAGAAAGAAAUCUUAACUUUGUUAAAUUGAGUGUGUUGUAUAAAUGUUUCUUUAUUCCAAAAUGUGACGUGUGUUUGCUUAUCGUCAGGUUAUUGAACAGACUAAGCUGUAGAGUGGGUAUGCUCUCAACUGCAAAACGGGAAUAACAGUCCUGAGACCUACCAUUUCUCUGUGUCACUGAGAGGGUGUAGACCAAACUGUUGAUGUCCCAGUUGUCCCGUGUCUCCCCAGGUAGCAGGGGUGGCUGCUGUGCCUGGAACUCUCAGCCUGAUGUCAGGUACUGUGUUUGCUGCCACCGAGGACAAGCCCAAUGUCACCUUAAACACAGAUGAGGUACUGCAUUGUGCACAGAAUCACACUUUCUGAAGUCUUUCAGCAUACUUCCUAUCAAGCCAACAUUGGGAAGAGGUAACUGACCAAUGUAAAAUGUUGUUUGUUACAGCUCUCCCUCUACACUACACCACAGCAGAAGUUCCGCUAUGUGGAGCCAGAUAUAGGGCACUUGGAGCAAGGUGUUACCACUCUAAGGAAACUGGCAGAGCCCUAUGUUACUUGGUGUCAGGUACAUUGAUAACCCUACUCACCAGUGAGCUACUGGGUGACAGUCAUUAUUUAUUUUGUUAGGAACAGUCUUUCGUCUCAGAAAAUAAAGACAGUUGUUGGGUGUUUGUUUAAAUAUGUACAGUUGAAGUCGGAAGUUUACAUACACUUAGGUUGGAGUCAUUAAAACUCGUUUUACAACCACUCCACAAAUUUCUUGUUAACAAACUAUAGUUUGGGCAAUUCGGUUAGGAUAUCUACUUUGUGCAUGACACAAGUAAUUUUUCCAACAAUAAUUCACUGUAUCACAAUUCCAGUGGGUCAGAAGUUUACAUACACUAAGUUGACGGUGCCUUUAAACAGCUUGGAAAAUUCCAGAAAAUGAUGUCAUGGCUUUAGAUGCUUCUGAUAGGCUAAUUGACAUAAGUCCAUUUCUUUUGAGUCAAUUGGAGGUGUACCUGUGGAUGUAUUUCAAGGCCUACCUUCAAACUCAGUGCCUCUUUGCUUGACAUGUGAAAAUCAAAAGAAAUCAGCCAAGACCUCCGAAAAUAAAUUCUAGAUCCUCACAAGUCUGGUUCAUCCUUGGGAGCAAUUUCCAAACGCCUGAAGGUACCACGUUCAUCUGUACAAACAAUAGUACGCAAGUAUAAACACCAUGGGACCACGCAGCCGUCAUACCGCUCAGGAAGGAGCAAAGGACCUUGUGAAGAUGCUGGAGGAAACAGGUACAAAAGUAUCUAUAUCCACAGUAAAACAAGUCCUAUAUCGACAUAACCUGAAAGGCUGCUCAGCAAGGAAGAAGCCACUGCUCCAAAACUGCCAUAAAAAAGCCAGACUAUGUUUUGCAACUGCACAUGGGGACAAAGAUCGUACUUUUUGGAGAAAUGUCCUCUGGUCUGAUGAAACAAAAAUAGAACUGUUUACCCAUAAUGACCAUCGUUAUGUUUGGAGGAAAAAGGGGGUCGCUUGCAAGCCGAAGAACACCAUCCCAACUGUGAAGCACGGGGGUGGAAGCAUCAUGCUGUGGGGGUGCUUUGCUGCAGGAGGGACUGGUGCACUUCACAAAAUAGAUGGCAUCAUGAGGAAGGAAAAUUAUGUGGAUAUACUGAAGCAACAUCUCAAGACAUCAGUCAGGAAGUUAAAGCUUGGUCGCAAAUGGGUCUUCCAAAUGGACAAUGACCCCAAGCAUACUUCCAAAUUUGUGGCAAAAUGGCUUAAGGACAACAAAGUCAAGGUAUUGGAGUGGCCAUCACAAUGCCCUGACCUCAAUCCUAUAGAAAAUGUGUGGGCAGAACUGAAAAAGUGUGUGCGAGCAAGGAGGCCUACAAACCUGACUCAGUUACACCAUCUCUGUCAGGAGGAAUGGGCCAAAAUUCACCCAACUUAUUGUGGGAAGCUUGUGGAAGGCUACCCGAAACGUUUGACCCAAGUUAAACAAUUUAAAGGCAAUGCUACCAAAUACUAAUUGAGUGUAUGUAAACUUCUGACCCACUGGGAAUGUGAUGAAAGAAAUACAAGUUGAAAUAAAUCAUUCUCUCUACUAUUAUUCUGACAUUUCACAUUCUUAAUAUAAAGUGGUGAUCCUAACUGACCUAAAACAGGGAAUUUUUACUAGGAUUAAAUGUCAGGAAUUGUGAAAAACUGAGUUUAAAUGUAUUUGGCUAAGGUGUAUGUAAACUUCCGACUUCAACUGUAACUCUAGGUAAGAUUCAUAAUGUCUGAUAUCCCAACCUCACUGCAUGGACCCAAAAUAACUUCACAUGGGCACUGAAAUGUGAAAUGUUUUUGCCAUGCUUUACAUGAUAAUCCCAGCUGCUUUUACAUAUUUUACAAUGCAUCCUUUUUCCUGUGACCUCCAAAGAUUUACUGUGAUUAGUUGUGACCGGUAAAUAUUAACUACAGUAGGUCUCACUAAUGUCAUUCAUCUCAUUUUCUCUUUGCGUAUUGAGUAUCCACAGUAAUUGUUUUCCCAGAGACCAGUUAAUAUUUACUGGUAUUCCUAUGAGUCUACAGCAGGGUUUCUUAAACUAUGGGUCAGGACCCAAAAUGGGCCCAGGGCAUGUGAGAGGUGGGUCGUGAGUUAUACAUCUAUAAUAACACACUAUUUGUUCUUAAUUCGGGUCGUUGGAGGAAGAUUUGGGGUCAUGGGAGCACAGUACAUUUCUAAUUUGGGUCUCAAGCUGAAAAAGUUUAAGAACCCCUGGUCUAGAAAUACUGUACAUUGUGUUUCAACAUGGCCCAAAAAUCUGUACUGCGCAUUUCACAUGGACCAGUAGACCUUUACUGUGAAUCCAUGCUGCAAUCGAUAAUCAUUGCACGUGCUGGAAUGAUUUUGUCUGUCUGCUGUGAAGUGUUAGUCGUGAUUGUGCUGCUCUGCUUCUGCCCCUGUGAUCACACCAACGAUCUGCUCCCCUUUCAGCAAACAAGCCAUUCGGCAGUGGAAAAGGUUCAGGUACUCCCCAUAGCCACGCACACAUACACUUGUACGUACACACACACACACACACACACACACACACACACACUGAAUCAUCAUAAACUCACAGAGGGGGAUUAAGAUUAAGCUGAUUAGUUGUUAAGUCUAAGAGACUGGUAAAAUACUCUGUAAAGAAUUUCAAAAACCCAUUCAGCCUCUCUAUUUCUGCUGUGCCAGGCUGUUUCAUUUCUGCUCUAGAAGCUUCUGGGUGCGUUCCUCUGCCCAGGUAUUGCUGACACCUGCCAGAUCUUACAACGCCUGGAUAGGUAUUUUAAGUAUCAGCUAACCACAUCAUAUGUUAUAGCAAUCCGUCAGUCGAUGACACAGUCGAUGACGUGGCACGCAACCAUUGGUUGAUGCAUGCAACGUCUGAGCAGGGGAACAUGACAUCUGUGUUUGUCGCUGUGAUCACCGUUUCUUAGUCACCCACCUGACCUCUUCCCCAUUGGCUCCUUCAGUCCGGAGAUAAGCAGCUCAUUAACACACAGCACAUGUUUGUCAGUACAGUGCCGUGGCUGGAACUUUAUUGGUAGUUGUUCUUGUACAGUGCAGAAUGUCUUUACAAUGGGUCAAGGGUACACAAAGUGCUGUUGGUUGAUGUUUUAACUCAAGCCCUCUACUGGAUAACAGAAUGGCCUGUGCUUUAGGCGAACAGAACUGGAUGAGGUUUCUGAGGGCAUGGCAGUCCUACCACUAGUUAUACUACCAGUAUACCCAUCAGAGUACAAACAACGUAAAGCAUCACAGGGGCACUGUGUGCUCAGUAAACUUAAAUUGAAGACUACUCAGCAAGAGCAUAUUUACUAUGAAUUAUCAUGUUAUUAUUAAAUGUGAACAUAUUUUUUAACAAUUAAAAAUAAGCAUUUAUCCAUUCUUGAAUGGCUCUCAAAGUGCAGAUAUUGGGUGUUUUUAGCGGAUAUAUGUUACAUGUUCACUGUACUGUUCUCUCCUGUGGGAUUCAGGGUGCCAUUGGAAAAGUGAAGCCCAAGGUUGAAAGUGCCAUCCAAUUAGGAAGUGGUAAGAGAACACACGCCCCAUGAUACACACAAAGUUCACACAUUACUCAUUACUGUGGUUCUGUGUGGCUCAGUCGGUAAAGCAUGGUGCUUUCAACGCCAAGUGUUGUGGGUUUAAAUCCCACUCUGGCCACCCAUAUAUAAAAUGGAUGCACGCAUGACUGUAUAAUAGUCACUUUGGAUAAAAGCAUUUCACUGUAAUGUCUGCACCUGUUGUAUUCGGCGCAUGUGACCAAUAAAAUUUGAUUUGAUUAGAUUUGAUUUGAAGCAUCUGCAAAAUGGCAUUUGUUAUUAUAUUCGUAGAGCCAUUUGUACAAAUAGAAUAGCAGUUUCAGUUUGGUACCAGAGUUAUUUUCUGUUGUUUCAGAGACCUUCACAUUCCUACAAAACCCUCCUGCUGAAUUCUACCCCCGGCUUGCAGUCAUUGGAUUUUCUGGUAUCAUUGGACUCUUUCUUGCAAGAGGUAUUAGUUGAGUUUGGAUGACGAGUACCCUGUUAUUGAUCUCUAUUGUGUGUUUGGGUUUAUCCACUUUGUCUCUGUGGUAAACAAACACUCUGUAUCAGUCGCUGAGCCAGAGGCUAGUCUAGAGGUAGAGCUGUUGCCUCCAGACCAUAUCAAAUAUCAGGCCUACUACUGCUUCCUGUUGCCCUAUCCGCUUUCCCUUUAUUGUUUCUAAUCUAUCUCCUUGAAUAAAAAUAGUCUGUGGUCCUCUCUCUUCUGUCUCCUAGGCUCUAGGGUGAAGAAGCUUGUCUACCCUACAGGGCUGAUGGCUGCGGGCUAUUCUAUGUACUACCCCCAGGCGGCCGCAUCAAUCGCCAAGGUGAGCGAGCGUGUCAAUAUAUCAUAUGUGGUGUUUUUACUUGUACAUGCACGUGGGAGAAAAUGUAUAUUGUUCCAUGCCAAGACAUACAGUGUUGUAGGGUAAUCUUGUGAUGUUCAGUUCUCAAUGUACAGUAUACUGUUUUGUUUAAGCCUAUUUUUCCAUCCCCCUCCUUCCCACAGAACACAGGAGACUCGUUGUACGAUUUCGCCCUUCAGGGCUAUGUUAAUGUAGAGAACGUUUUCAAGUCCGCAACCACACCAGUUGAGGGGAAGGUGAGCUCAUCCUGUCAGGUCAAAAAACAGUUUGAUCCAAGAGGAUGGAGAUAGUACAGAGUGACAGUGCCAAUUAGUACAGAUUAUUUGUAAUGGGUUGUAAAGUCUGAAUUUUCACAUCGUGCCUUGGUUCCUUUCACAGCCAAUGAAAAACGAAAAACCAGAGGAAAAGAGCCCAACUGCAGAGUCCAAACCCUGAUCACAGCAGUUACAACAAACCUGACCAUUUCUGCCAGUGCCCAACACCUUAAUUGACCUGGUGGUCAAUAAGCCUCUUUAUCAGCCUGCAGACUUAUGGAACACCCCAAUCACUUCUCACUUAAUGUUGUCAAUUCAUUAUAAAUAUAUAUUUUUUUGUGAUAGCUCAAAUCAGUGUACUUUGCAUAUCAGGUGCUUAUGCUAACAAAUUGCAGAAAAGGGCUUAUAAUGACUUAUCUUUUUUUCAGAUAAGGUGUGAUAGUAUCAUUGACAACAAAACAAGAUUAUCAGUCUUCCCAGAUAUAACAGGUCCAUCCCCCUGUAUGCUACUGUACGUCAUGGUUAGGCUCGCUCCCAUCUGCCACUCUUAUGUCCUGCUUCUGCAAUAGCCCAGUGUUUCUCUCUGGCAUUUACGCAGUAGGGCACAGGACCGGUCACUUAGGUUAUAAACUUGAUGUAUUGAAGGUUCACCUUUGUGAUUUGAAUGUACUGUAUUUAUGUUGACCUGAAAAUGUAUCUAUUGACAGCAUUGCUUUUUAAAAGUAAAACUAAAGGCCGUAAAAAUACUGUAGAGGUUUUGCACAAAGGCACCCGAAGCAUGUGUGAGGACAAAUAAGUGAAGAAAAACUUGUUUGAAGACAUUUAAGAGCUCUGUCCUUCCAUAAACAAGCCCCCACUUCUCUUUCUGAGCCAGACUUUAUCAUUGGUAGAAAAACGUUGCUUUCUUAUAACCUAUAGAAAACAUGCUGAUUCAUGUUGAAUUCCUCUAUGUUCCAGUACACGAUCACAUGACUAGCUGAUGUCAACAUAUUUCUCCUUGAUGAAGGAAGGUCACUCAGACAGAGUAAAUUAAACUUGCUGACUUCUAGUUAUAAAACCCCCCAGAUAUAUAACCAGUCCUGCAGGAAGAAGUUUAAAUCUGUUUUUGUAUUUAUU